AUGCGAAUCAACGACAAUCGACUCAUUUUCCCCACAACAGUUAAUGCCAAUCCAGGGAAAGGAAAUGUCCGUCUUGAGGUGGCCUUCAUUCAUCUGUUGGAACAGUUCCGUCGUGCAUAUAUUAUGGACCAGAUAACCAAAUCAAGUCCCGUGUACGACAAGCUGAACACCGAGCUGGGUGUAUCUGACGAAACGGACAUGCUUAGUGUGAUUGUUCAGAAGAUUCUAACAAAUUUGAAGUAUUGGGCAACAAAUGAGCAAAUCUUGGAGUUAUCGCUAUCCCUUUUGAAGGAUCUCUCCUUAGGAUAUACAGCAGUUCGGAAGCUGUUUCGAUUGCAAGAAGUUCAGCUGCUUCUCAGUAACCACACGCAUCGUACCGUAUUCUAUGAGGCUCUUACACGUCUUCUUACCAUAGACCUCAACGAUGAUGAACAGUUAUUUGAACAGUUCAUGCAACCAUUAGCGGCUACGAGUCGAGAAUUGAACGGAGGAGGCAAUAAACUGACCACAGACUACCAAGACUAUAAUGGAAGCAGUUUAGUCAACGAGGAGUUGAAGGUUAGUCCGGUUGGUGAAUUCGCUGUCGUGAUCUUCGAGGUGUGGCUGUCGCAUGUACAACGAAGAAUUUGUUCCAGAUAUUACCCAGAUAUGUUCAACAUUAUGAUGCGCGCUGUCGAGGAAUGGUCAUCUUGUCCCGAGGUAAUGACCCCAAUUUUCCGAUUGUUGGCUGAAUUGUGCCAAAAUCGGCAACAGCGCUUGAAAUUUGAGAUGAGCAGCUGCAGUGCCGUACUUCUCUUCAAGGAGGCUAGCAAGAUCAUAUGUGCAUAUGGUAAUCGAAUUCUUGUCAUGCCUGAUGUGCCAAAAGAACGUGCCUAUGCUGAACGAUAUAAGAAUAUUGGAAUUAUAUUCAAUGUGCUAAAAUGUGCUCUAAUUGGAGCCUAUGUGCCAUUUGGAGUUUUCCGGUUGUAUGGUGAUCCAUGUCUCCAGGAUUCUCUGAAUAUGUUCGUGAAGCUGUUCAUGAAAAUACCGGAAGAAGAUUUCCACUCCUAUACGAAGAUUGCACAACAUUACUAUAAUCUGUUGGAGAAUGUAGUACAAGACAACAUUGCUUUUGUAUCCAAUCUCCAACCAGAAGUGUUUGCAGCUAUUCUGCGGUCAGUUCACACAGGUGUGACAUCGUUAGUAGCUGUCAAAAACCAGCCGCAGUUGAUGUCUGACAUUUUAACGUCCAUGAUGACAUCGCUAAUGUUUGGCGAGGUAAAAUGCCAAUGGAGUAUAUCUCGUCCUCUGCUAGGGCUGAUUCUCUUGCAGGAGGAGGUCUUCACAAAUUUCAAGCGUGAAAUCAUAUCACAACAACCAGAGGAUCGGCAUGCGGCAUUCGAUCAGGCGUUCAUUGGAUUAAUGGAUGGUGUUGAAUUGUCACUGACGGUGAAAAACAAGGACAUCUUCACUCAAAACCUGGCGAAAUUCCGUCGAGAAAUCGUUGAAGCAGUUAAAGGCAAGGAGGUGUCGCCAUCGGCCAGCAAUAAUGAGAUGUGCUAG